AUGGCGCUUUCCCCAAUCAAAGGAUUUGUCCCCCUACAGAUCAGUCUUGCAGCUACGGCAAACUUACCAGAGUCUGUCCAUUUGUGUUAUAUAAAGCCACAUUUGAGUAAAGAUCCAAAUGAACAAAUAGACACAACUCGAAAGUUAUUUUUGAUUAAUCCAUUACCUGACUGGACCCUUGAUUCUGUGAAAGAUCUAUUCCGACAAGUGAACACGGGGUGCCAUAUAGAAGAAGUUCUAGUCCGUGAGGCCAUCGAUAAAAGUCGGGUAUCGAGUAUUGGUAGUGGCAUAAAUUACGACAUCCAUGUUAAUCUGAGUGUGUUAACCAAUGAAGAGUUGGGUGUUGAAUUGAGUGCUUCGGAAAAAUUACCGUUUGGGAGUAGUGUUGUCACAUUCCUGGACAGGGAUUCGCUUGAACUGUUUCUAGACAGUCUAAAGAAAAUAAAAAAGCCACUCCAAUGGAGUCUACCGAAUAAUGAGACAGGUAUAUCGAGGUAUUCUAGAAUCCCAGUAUUGGACAGAACUAGUUUAGAGAGGGAGGUUACUCAAGCCCUAGUGGACUUCCAAAAGAAGGAGAAGAUUGCCGAAGAAGAAGUUUCUAAUAUGAGAACCAUCGUUGAUGAAGAUGGAUUUACACUUGUUGUUGGGUCGCAAAAGAAAACAAAGUCGGAUAUUUUAGGGUCGAUGAAGAAGAAGUCCGAUCUAGAGCAAGACGAAGCGUUGUUGAAGAAGGAGAAGAGAAAAGAGAAGCAGGAUUUCUAUAGAUUCCAAAUUAGAGAAAAGAAGAAGCUUGAGAUGAACAGUUUGUUAACCAAGUUCAAGGAAGAUCAAGAGAGAGUCAAGUUGAUGAAACAAAGAAGGAAAUUCAGACCAUAUUAG